CUUUUCAGAAAAUACCAAAUCCGAAACUUCGCACGCUUUGACGGCGCCAGUGUUGCAAAUCGAAUUUUUGAACUAGCGUGCUGUAGAAAUAGUCCCAUCAUUUAGUCGCUAUUUUUUCGACGUGAAAAACCAAAGAGACGCCGAAAAAUUAGAAAAUGGCCAGCACAGACAUCCCAAUGGAGGCAGCUGUAGAAUCUGCGACCGGCCUCACGCCCAAUUCAAAUGCGAACUCAAACAAUGUGGCAAAGAAGCUGCCCGCGGAGGAGUCCACCGGGGACAAUCCCAAUGCCAAUGCCGACGAGAUGACGUCCCGCGAUUAUUACUUCGAUUCCUAUGCCCACUUCGGCAUCCACGAGGAGAUGCUGAAGGACGAGGUGCGCACCGUCACAUACCGCAACGCCAUGUACCACAACAAGCAUCUGUUCCAGGGCAAGACCGUGCUAGACGUGGGCUGCGGCACCGGCAUCCUGUCCAUGUUCGCCGCGAAAGCCGGCGCCGCCCAGGUAAUCGCCGUCGACUGCUCCAACAUCAUCGAGUUUGCCCGCCAAGUGGUCAUCGACAACAACCUGCAGGACGUGAUCAAGGUGGUCAAGGGCAAGAUCGAGGAGAUCGAGCUUCCAAAUGGUAUUGAGGGCGUGGACAUCAUCAUUUCCGAGUGGAUGGGUUACUGCCUCUUUUACGAGUCCAUGUUGGACACAGUGCUGUAUGCGCGUGACAAGUGGCUCAAGCCCAACGGAAUGAUGUUUCCGGACCGAGGCACGCUGUACAUCACGGCCAUCGAGGACCGACAGUACAAGGACGAGAAGAUCAACUGGUGGGACGAUGUGUACGGCUUCGAUAUGAGCUGCAUCCGAAAGGUGGCCGUGACCGAGCCCCUCGUUGACGUGGUGGAUCCCAAGCAGGUGGUUUCCACAUCCUGCAUGGUCAAGGAGGUGGACCUGUACACCGUGCAGAAGGCAGAUCUCAACUUCUCGUCCAAGUUCAGCCUUUGCAUCAAGCGCAACGACUUUGUGCAGGCGCUAGUCACCUACUUCAACAUAGAAUUCACCAAGUGCCACAAGCGCCUUGGGUUCAGCACAUCGCCAGACUCCACAUAUACGCACUGGAAGCAGACCGUCUUCUAUUUGGACGACCAUAUGACGGCCAAGAAGAACGAGGAGAUCACCGGCACGUUCCAGAUGAAGCCCAACGAGCGGAACAACCGCGACCUGGACUUUGUCAUCGACAUCAACUUCAAGGGCGAACUGUCCGAGAUCCAGGAGUCGAACACAUACCGCAUGCGCUAGGCUACGCCAUAAGAAAUCCGGUCUGCCAGUCUGUACUGGGGCUCAGAGCCCUGUGGCGAGGAUAUAAACAAUGACUAGACGUAAGGUUUAUUCCAGUGCGAAAUGUGCAACGAAUUAUUGUUGCGUCUUCUCCUAAGUUUAAAGUGUACCUUUGUUAGUAUACAUAAUAUUUUUACACUCGUGCGCCUGUUUAAAUUAUUAUUCGAACAUACUUCUAAGAAAAGUUAUACAGUAGCACGUCAAUUCUCACAUAAUAAACAGUGUAUUAAGCACAUCCCCUUUUGCUGGAAA